CUUUUCCUGCGUCCUCCAUGAGAACAUUCCACCAAGCGAGUCUUGGGUGAUGGUGCCGGAGCAGAUCACGUGGGAAAUUCAGAAAUGCAAGGAGAUGUGUAAAGCUUUGGAGGCUGACCAGUUGUGUCUGGAGGAGGGCAGAAGGGAAAGCGAGCGGGAGGCGUCCAGGCAGCGGGAGGCGGCGGCACUGCUCCGUGAGGAGCUCCAGCAACUGAAAGAGGAGGCCCGGGCUGGGAAGUUCCAGGAACAGCCAGAAUGGGGAAGUGAAGAGAGACGCCAGUUGCUUCAGCAGAAAGCAGCCCUGGAGAGUGAAUUGCAGCAGCUGGAGAGGCUGCAAAUUGACCAGGUGCCACCCGCCCCUCCGGAGAGGUUUAUGGUGUUUAAAGGUCACACCGAAGAGAAGAAGGCGGAGAAAUCAUUGCUUGACGCGCUGUCCGUCGAGCCCCGGAUCCGCUACCCUUUGCCUGGGGGGACGGCGCUGGUCACUUUCGAAACGCCUCAGGUUGCCCAGAGGAUCAUCGCUCAGCCGGAGCACAGGAUUCGGCUGGACGAGUGCACCAUGCGGGUGAAGGCAGAGCCCGUGGAGCUGCUGAUGCCGGUGUCUGUGGAGGUUGCCUUGGAGCGGAGCCCCCGGAAGGUCCUGCUGUCUGGGCUGCAGUUCCCCUCCCUCCCCAGGGAGCAGCUGCUGGACAAGCUGUCCCUCUUCUUCAGCAAGCGGCAGCAACAGGGUGGCGAGGUGGAGGCUGCCCAGUGGCUGAGCGGCCCUGGCCACGUGGUCCUGACCUUUCUGGAGGACGGAGUUGCCGAGCGGCUUAUCCAGAGAGGCCAGUUCCAGGUGACCAUCGGGAAGGAGACAAGCAGAGUCAAGGUGUCGCCCUACCUGGAUGGGAAAAUAUCAGACCUGAUGCUCCGUCCCGUGGUCUGUCCUCGGACUGUCCUGCUCUCAGGGAUCCCAGACGUCUUGAACGAAGAGCUGAUGCGUGAAGCCCUGGAGAUCCACUUCCAAAAGCCCAGCAAGGGAGGGGGGGAAGUGGAAGCCGUGGCCUAUGUCCCGCCCGGCCAGCGUGCCCUCGCUGUCUUUGAGCGAGAGGAGGGCGGAGCGCCCAGCCUGUCUUCUUGAUCCCGCCCAGGCUGGCUGCUGAAAUACACACCUGAGGGGGGGGGAUCGAGAGUAACGCAGUCCCUUGCUCAGAGCUCUGGAAAACGAGGGACAUUUUGGUCAUUUGAAUCCCGUGUCAGGACAGGGAAGUAGAUAUCGAUGAAGAAAUCUCACGGGUGUGCGGAAACGGAGCAGCUUUUCUUUGGGCCCCAAGUCACCCACCCAGGUGGGAGUGGUGGAGCCUCUGGAGCUUGCAGAGGGGCAUUCUGGGAUGGUGGCGAGCGGUUCCCGGUCUUUUGGCUCUGCUGGGCUGUCUCUCCCCCCCUCCCGUGCAAGUGUUUUGCAUUUCUUGUUUGGUAAUCUGUGAUAUUGGUUUGUUCAUGCAAUAAAUUAAUCAACCUCAAAAACUCA